AUGAUGUCCAAGAUCGUCAUGUCGCUUCACGUCAUUUUGACGCUGGUCAUACUCGCGUUGACCGUCAGGAUUUUGCAGAAUGAGCAGAACGAGACGAGGGGCAUAGUGCAGAUUCUGCUACGUGAAGAAGCGCGGCGCUUUGUUCAAGUCCCUGACGUGAUUGGGUCUAUCGCCACAGCGGUGAAAAGCGCGGCCUCCAGCGUCGUCACUGCCGCGGUCGCGUCGGGCGAGUCUCUAGUCGCCGCCAGUCUGCCGUCGCGCGUGUCGGUGGGCACGAGGUACGCAUGCGUGGACUCCGAAUGCUCCGCUAUUCCUGGUUCUGCGUUUCGCCUGCUCCAAGACCUGGCCUCGUUCCUUCCUUCGCCCAAGGAGAUCGACAACUUACAGGAGCUGGUAGACAAGUGUCCGAACCUGGAGACCGUUCUGUCCGCCGGGCUGGGAUGCGCAUUGGUUUCGACUGUACUACUGCUUGCCGGCCUCAAGUUCCGGUUGCUCCGCUUCGUAUCGCUUGGACUUGGUUUUGUCGCUGUCAUUCUGUUCGCUGUGGUGGCAGUGUUCGCGGUCUCGCUGUACAAAACAUCUGAGGCUGUGGCAGACCUCCUGGGUGUCGAAGCGAGUAGAGGAGACGUUUUUAAGACGUCCAUUGUAGACUUCGUGAUAAGCUUGGUUAUGGCCAGUCUAGCACUCGCGGAGAUCAUUUUGUAG